GCCUGCUCGGGGGGCCUUGGUUCCUCCCUCCUUGCAUUGACCUAACAAGGACACAAGAACUGCCAGGGAGUCACUGGAACUGUGAAGUUCACCUCCUGGCGAUGGUGGUGAUGUUGACGUUGAUGUCAGACAAACUCAGCAGAUUACGCAAAAAAGGCUUCAGCUCCAGAAAGCUCUUUGCAGGUGCUGGUUAGGACAGUCUUUGCUGGCCUGGUGAACAUUUGUUUGAUUUGGGUUUCUGAGAGCCAGGCCUAUCCAGCAGGCUUUCCCAUGGAUGAGGGGAUCAUGUCCCAGGUCCGAAUAUUAUUCCAAGUGCUCCCGGGCAGCUGAUACCCUCUCUGAGCCCCACUGCAAAGUUGGUCUGGUGCUAAUCCCACAAAUGCACUAAUCCAGCUGAAGAGCACCAGGUGGUAUCUUCUGCCCGCCCUCUCAUCCAUUAUGAUCACACAGUGAUCCCAAGCAGAUGGAGGGUUCCACAGGUGGUAGCAUCCAAGCUCCAGCUGAAAUAUCAGUGACGAUUUGCUGGAUGUCAGGAUGGCCACAUCGAACCUGGAGAACCAGCUGCACAGUGCCCAAAAGAACCUGCUUUUUCUCCAGCGGCAACACGCAGACACCCUGAAGGGUUUGCACGCCGAGAUCCGCCGUCUGCAGCAACAUUGUACAGAUCUGACGUACGAGUUGACUCUCAAAAGUUCAGACUCUGCAGAAAAUGGGACUUCACGGAGCGAAGAGCUCAAAAGGAAAUGUGAAGAACUCGAGGCCCAGCUUAAAGCGAGGGAGAUGGAAAACAAUGAAUUAUUAAAAGAGCUGGAGCAAAAGAACGCCAUGAUCAUGGUGCUCGAGAACACCAUAAAGGAGAGGGAAAAGAAGUAUUUGGAAGAGUUGAAAAUGAAAAGCCAUAAAUUAAACAUGCUGUCGAGCGAGCUGGAGCAGCGGGCCAGCACAAUCGCCUACCUGACCUCCCAGCUGCACGCGACUAAGAAAAAACUGAUGAGUUCUAGCGGAACUUCGGACAGCUCCCCGUCCGGCAGCCCUGUGCUCUCGGGCUACAAGCCCGCCCCUCCCAAAGAGAAGCUGCCAGAAACUCCGCGGCGCCGGAUGAAGAAGAGCCUGUCCACUCCGCUCAACUCUGAAUUCGAAGAGGCCUACCGGUUGGGGUCGGAGAGCCGCAAGCUGCUGCUGCGGGAGCCUGUCGACGCUAUGCCGGACCCCACGCCUUUUUUACUGGCCCGGGAAACCGCCGAGAUCCACCUCCUGAAGGAGAGGCCUUUAGUCAUCCCGCCCAUCCCGUCGGAACGUGCGUCGGUGGAGCCCCACAGCCCAGCGCGGGAGAGGCAGCACAAGACCCACGUCAGCGUGGCGCACCGCAUCCACCACGUCGCUCCUCCCCAGGCCCAGCCCGAGGUCGAGACGCUGGCCGUGGACCAGGUGAAUGGCAGCAAAGUGGUUCGCAAGCACUCGGGGACAGAUAGAACUGUUUAAGCGAGGCGCUCGGAGGGGACUCUCGGCACUGUGGUCACCAAAGAGGGUUACCUGCACCUGCCGCCAUCGCGUUCCUCGCCUCUUCCGAGUGCCCCCUUGCAUGCCAAAUUCUUUCCAGAACUAGAGUAACCUCCUCCUCCCAUGGAAACACCCCCCCCCCCGUUCCUAUUGCAGAGUAUCUACCUAAUGAAACGCUGUAGCCAAACUCAGGUGUCUGCCUGAAUGCUUGCUUCCAGUGCUCCUUCAUUUAUUCGGGGCGCGCUUAUGGGUCAAGGCCCAGGCCACUGUCAGUUACAAACCCCCAUAGUCUAACAAAGGCGGCCGCCCCACCAGGGCCCUGCCGCACGGUGUAUUGGCCCUUAACAGUAAAGCCUUCCCUGCCUGCCUCUCGCUCCGCACAGCCGUGGUAAAUUCUUAUUUGAGGGUGGGGCAGCUUGGACCGCCACGCAGGUGCCUGGGUACGAAGGAAGACCAGCCAAAGGAGGGCCCCCCCCUCCGCCUUUCCAGCACGUGGUCCUGAUCACAGCGUUCCUAUUUUCUGUUGAUGUUUUUAUCUAGACCUACUAAAAUCCCAACAAACUCUAUUUUAUUAAUCCUG